AUGACUCAUCACAAUCAAGUUGAUGUUUCUUUUUCCUCUGCCCAUGCUACUCCAUCCAGUGACAAGGAAGAUCGAUUAAAAAAGCUUGACAAGGAACCCAUCACAAGAAUUAGGUCACACCUCUCAUUUGAGUCCGACCAACUAGCUGCAAAUCCUUUCUUGGACCCUAAAGUCGAGGAAUAUUAUCGUGAGCUCUACACAAAGUCCAACUAUGAGAGUUAUUCGGCAUUUGAUCCUACAUUUGAUUGGACAGCAAAAGAAGAGAAAAAGGUGGUCCAAAUAUUAAACUGGCGUGUUGUUUUCAUUGCGUGCCUUUUAUUUAUCACCUUGCAUAUCGAUAGAGGUAAUUUAUCGCAAGCUGUAUCUGAUAAUAUGUUGGAAGACAUAGGAAUGACUACAAAUGAAUACAACACGGGGAAUACCAUCUUUCUCGUCAGUUUUAUUGCUACUGAAGUACCUUCACAAAUGAUUUCCAAAGCGUUGGGUCCAGACGUUUUCAUCCCGUUCCAAAUCUGUUCAUGGAGCAUUGUCGCUAUGUCACAGGCAGCAUUGAAGGGAAAGGUUGGUUUUUAUAUCACCAGAUUCUUGUUGGGCGCAUUGGAAGGUGGGUUUGUUGCUGAUUUAGUUGUGUGGAUAAGUUACUUUUUCACCAGCAAGGAUUUGCCCAUAAGAUUGUCCUGGUUUUGGAGUAUGUCGUCCAUAUGCCAAAUUUUUACUUCGUUAUUGGCUUUUGGUGUGUUGAGAAUCAACACCUGGGGCUGGCAUGGGUGGCAGUUUCUAUUCUUAAUCGAAGGUGCUUUUACGUUGUCAAUUGGAAUUGCGUCGUGGUUCUUGAUGGUUCCUAGUGCUGUGCAAACGAAAACAAAGUGGAAUUCAAAGGGUUGGUUUACAGAGAGACAAGAAAAGAUUGUGGUAAAUAGAGUGUUGAGAGACGACCCCGGUAAAGGAUCCAUGAACAACCGUCAAGCAAUUAGUCCAAAAAACUUGGUGGAAUGUCUCAUUGACUAUGAUAUGUGGCCCUUUUAUGUUAUAGGGAUUGUUGCAUUCAUUGGACACGGAACGUUCAAGUCUUACUUUACAUUGAUGAAUAGACACUUGGGUUUUUCUGUAUUCGACACAAACUUGUUGACAAUACCCGCAACCGUCAUCCACAUCGUCUUUUUACUUCUGCUUUCGUGGUUUUCUGAGAGAAUCAAUGAGAGGUCUUUGGUGUGUUGUCUUGCACCACUUUAUGCAACCCCAAUAAUGGGGGUGAUCAGAUGGUGGUCUGGUGCAGGAAAGGACAUUUGGGCGACGUGGGUCAUUAAUACCUUGUACUAUGGCCAGCCUUAUAUCCACGCAAUUGUUUUUGCAUGGGUUUCAAGAAACUCCAACUCGGUUAGAAACAGAUCCAUAUGCUCAUCAUUGUACAGUAUGUUUGUUCAAGUUGGGGAUGUCAUUGGUAACAAUAUCUACAGACAGGAUGAUAAACCUUUGUAUAAAAGAGGCAACAUGCAACUAUUUGUCAUCACAUUGAUACUUAUUCCAGUUUUGUUGUUGACUAAGAUGUACUUUAUGUGGAGGAACCAGAGCAGAGAUAGGAUCUGGAAUGCAAUGACAGAGGAGGAGAAACACACAUAUAGGCUAACAACAAAAGAUGAGGCAAACAAGAGGCUAGAUUUUAGAUUUGACCAUUGA